UUUGACAUUGGCAUUGAAUUGCAAUUGCACCCAAAAACAGGAAUUUUUCUGAUUUCAUAAUGAAAUAUAAAUGCUCAUUCAGUUAAUUAAUCAAAUACACAUAUAAAAGUUCCAUCAAUUACAUUUAUUCUGUAACAAUGUAAUUUUAUUUUGAUCAUUCGGAAUCUCAAUGCUUACAGUGAUGGGGUAUAUUCAAAUACUUACUCAAAAUAAGUCGAGGUUAAUAAACAACGUAGUUCGAGCAUUUGGAUCGUCAUCUCGGGUAUUUGCUACUCAUUACGACGUUUUGGGAGUUACCCCAAAAGCUACACAAAGAGAUAUUAAAGCAGCAUACUAUGAACUAUCAAAAUUAUAUCACCCCGAUAGAUCAAAAGAUGAAGAAUCAGCUAAGAAAUUCAGAGCCAUCACUGAAGCAUAUGAAGUCUUAGGCAAUAUAAGCUUAAAGAAAAUGUAUGAUAAAGGAUUGAUGGUUGGUUCAGACUACUCAACAAGAAUGAGAAAUAAACCAGAAGAGGAAGAACCUUUGGAUCCAACAUUAAAGUUUUAUAAGUCAAGAGCCACACGCCAAGUGACACCAACUAUGGAUGGCAGAACACCCAUUUAUGAUUUUGAUACAUGGUCAAGAGAACAUUAUGGGAAUAUAUUAAGGAAGAAUGAGCAUGCUAAACGUAUGAAUAAAGUCAGAAAAGAAAGUGCUGAUUUGCAAAGUCAAUCAGUUCGUCAAGAAUUUAUCGUUUAUUUCAUAUCAGGCGUGGUUUUCCUGUUUAUGGCAUUUGUUAUCUAUGGGACACCAGACUUUGAUCAAGACACAAUUAAACAAAAUAAAUCGAAAAUGAAUGACGGAAAAACAUGAUUGUAAUAAAUAUUAGUAAAUAUUAGGUUAUUUAUGGUGAUAAAUUAGUUAAAAUAAUACAAAAAAUAUAAUUGUUAAUUAUUUAAAUGUUGUAUAUAAACACAUUGUAUGUGGAGAGAGUAACUUUAUUUUAAUAAAAUGGCAUCUGCGA